AUGUUUGGCACUGGCUCAAUUUCAACGUCUUCAUCCACCGGGACAGCAGCACCGUCUCUUUUUUCGACCGCUACUCCAGCUGCUUCGUCGACGACAACCCAGGCUCCACUAACCUUCGGUGCGACCUCUUUCUCGACUUCUCUACAAUCUGCUCCCAAACCAGCAGAAACCCCGACGACAACAGCGGCAGAUACAGGUAGCGCAGAUUCGGCAGCUGGUUCGUCUUUGAAACAAUUAUUGGAGAAGGAGGGAUCUGUUGGAUCAGCUUGCUCCCAACUUCUCGCUGGCAUGACUGCUGACACAGAAAUCAGUUUUGCUGACUUGUCCGCGAUAACUCAAAAAAUGACAUUGGAUCUUGCUGCUGAUGAACGAGCUUUUUUGCAUUGCUUGUUAGAGCUGAAUGCCUACGACCGUCAGCUGUGGGAAAAUAUGCAAAGGAUCUCUGACGUCGAUUCGAAGUUGGUAGCUUUAGAAGAAAAGCAGAGCAAAAUGAUAUACAAUAUGGGUUGCAUCACAGAAAAUCAGAAGGCAUUGGACUCUGCCGUUUCCGAAUUAGAGAAGGCCCUUGGGCUACCCGAUUGGACUGAUCAGAAUCACGAUCUUCCUGUAGACGCUUUUUCAGCUACUCCGAGUGAUACUAAGAGACAACAACUCAUGCAAAUGCUGAUUAGCGUCGACUCGCAAAUCAAAGAAGCAGACUGUGAUCUCCAGGAGAUUAUCGACCAGGUGUCUGCUCUUCACAAAUCGAAAACUUCAAUGUCGAAUGUGAAUAAAGCCACUGAAGACCAAGUUGCUCAAAUUUUGAAGAAUCAAAUGGAAACUCUUCUGUAUAUCGACAGUAAAUCAGGAGAACUGGAAGCAAAACUCGAUGAAUUGAAGGAAAUGAACGACGGUCGCAAUACAGCUCUCUUUUUGUGA